AUGCUGGCGAUAACGAUAAUUAUUAGUUUGAUUAUAUGCGUUAUUUUUAUUAGAAAUAAACCAAAGUCAACUAAGAAUAGUAUAGCGUUCUUUCACCCCUAUUGUAAUGCAGGUGGUGGUGGUGAGAGAGUUCUAUGGACAGCAAUAUAUGGUAUACAGCAAUCUCAACCAUCCGCCCGUAUAUUUAUUUACACUGGCGAUAGUGAAUCAAAGGAAACACUGUUGUCUAAUGUGAAAAAUAAAAUGUCCAUCGAACUUAAUAAAAAUACCAUAGAAUUCAUCAGACUUCGUUGUCGUUCAUUAGUUGACGAUAAAUCUUGGCCGUAUUUCACUUUACUAGGACAAGCAAUUGGUAGUAUAUUACUCAUAUUAGAAGCUAUGUAUCGUUGCAAUGGAUCCGCAGUAUUCAUAGAUACGAUGGGAUACGCGUUCACUUAUCCAAUAGUAAGAUUAAUCAAUUGGAACACCCGUAUAAUCGCCUACACGCAUUAUCCUACAAUAUCUACAGAUAUGGUAUCGAGAGUCGAACAUCGUUAUGAAAACGUUACGAACUCGCAAGCAAUAGCUUCGUCGAAGUUACUCAGCAGGGGCAAGCUUUUCUACUAUAAAGCUCUUAUUCGCGCAUACACAUCCUGUUUGAAAGUUUGCGAUGUCAACAUGGCAAAUUCGAGUUGGACAGCGAACCAUUUGCGUAAACUGAUCAAACGAGAUGUCAAGAUUGUCUAUCCGCCUUGUGACACAGUCGCAUUGAGGGAGUUUCCUUUAGGUGGCAGACAGAAAACUAUUCUUUGCGUUGCACAAUUUAGACCAGAGAAGGCACAUGCAACUCAAAUUGAAGCAUUGAAAGAACUUCAAGAAUCAAAUAGUGUCCACAAGAAUGCAAAGCUCAUUCUCUUAGGAAGUGCACGUAAUCAAGAUGAUUUAAAGAGAGUAGAGACACUGAAAGCGUUAGCUAAAUCAUUGGGUGUGGAAUCUAACGUACAAUUCAUUGUUAAUGCAUCUUUCGAUGAUCUGCUUUAUAAUCUAUCAACUGCAAGUAUCGGUAUCAACACAAUGAUAGAUGAACAUUUUGGCAUUAAUGUUGUUGAAUAUAUGGCUGCUGGCUUAAUACCACUCGCACACGCAUCUGCUGGUCCUUUACUUGACAUAAUUGUAGAUUACAAUGGAGAGAGAACAGGAUAUCAUGGACGUGAUGUUAAGGAUUUUGCUCAACGUAUUGAUGAAAUAUUCAGUUUGGACUCAAACAAGGACCUUGAAAUGAGACAAAGAGCGCGGAAUUCUGUAGUAGAAAGACUAUCAGAUAAGAAAUUCAAUGAAGACUUUCUUCAAGUCUUACCUUAA